GUGAUGUGAAGAUUAUACAGACCAAUGCAAUCUUAACCUAUCUUGGACGCAAGGCUAAUCUCUAUGGUAAAACAGAAGCUGAUAUGGCUACAGUUGACAUGCUUCUCAAUGUGGCUAUGGACUUCCGAAAUGGAUUUGUUAGACUUUGCUAUAGUUCACAAAUGGAAUCGAUGAAAGAAGAAUAUUUAAAAACUGUUCGGGCUAAGCUUGAGGAAAUGUCCAAGUACUUGGGAGAUAAACCUUGGUUUGCUGGAAAUGAGAUCACUUUUCCUGACUUUCACUUUUAUGAAAUGUUUGACCAACACAGGGAGUUCCAUCCUCAGUUAUUUGAUGGUCUUGACAAUCUUAAGGCUUAUAUGGAUCGCUUUGAGGCUCUUCCUGUUCCUUUCGGCUUAAUUAGGUUUGGUGUAGCUCCAGAUCACCCUGAAGUUAAAAAUGUUAUUAAUCAGUUCACAACGUUAGCUUUAACUGAUCGUUGCAGAUUUAUUGGUAACAUUAAUAUUGGCACUGAUAUUAAUAUAAACCAACUGAGAUCAUAUUACAAUGGAGUAGUACUGGCAUACGGAGCAGAAGAAGACAAAACAAUGGGAAUCAAAGGAGAAGAUUCUUAUGGAGUAUUUUCUGCAAGAUCAUUUGUCAGCUGGUACAACGGCCUUCCUGGUUAUGAAAAUUUAAAUCUUAAUCUCUCAUCUGGAGAUACAGCUGUAAUCAUUGGUCAAGGAAAUGUUGCUUUGGAUAUCGCUAGAAUACUACUGACACCACUAGAUACUUUAAAAGAGACAGAUAUAUGUUCACAUGCAGUUGACGCAUUGUCCUUCAGUAAAAUAAAGAAAGUGAUAAUGGUUGGAAGAAGAGGUCCUCUACAAGUUGCCUUCACAAUAAAAGAAUUGAGAGAAAUGACAAAACUACCACAAUGCAAGACCAUGAUAAAGCACAAGGAUAUGCUGCCAUAUAAGGAUAUAAUUUCAGAACUGCCUAGACCCCGUAAAAGAUUGACUGAAUUAAUGUUGAAGACAUCAAGUGAUGGUAGAGAUAUUAGUAAUGAUGAUAAUGUAUUGGAGCUAUUGUUCUGCCGAAGUCCAAUGGAAAUAAUAGCAAGAAAUGAAAUAACGAAAGGAAUCAAACUUGAAAUAAAUGAACUAAUUGAAGAUGCUAAUGGUGGGAAUACAACAGCUGUUGGUAGUGGAGAGUAUGAAACUAUUGAUUGUUCCAUGGUUCUUCGAAGCAUUGGAUACAAGAGUAGAAACAUAGACCCAGAAAUACCUUUUGAUGAGAAACUGGGUAUUAUUAAUAACAGUAAAGGAAGAGUAGUCAAUAAUGGAACUACUAUCAACGGAUUAUAUUGCAGUGGUUGGGUAAAGAGAGGCCCAACUGGUGUGAUAUUGACUACCAUGAAUGAUGCAUUUGAAACUGCUGGUAGUAUUAUAGAAGAUAAUAAGAAUGGGAUGCUUCCUUCUUCUAAUACAGCUAGGGACAUAUUGAAUGAUAUAAAAGGAUUUGAGCCGGUUCUUUUUGAGGACUGGCUAAAGAUUGAUGAAGAAGAGAAGAGGAGAGGAGAAUUGGUAGGAAAACCAAGAGAAAAGAUUGUUUCUGUGCUAGAAAUGUUGCAAAUUAUUAAAAACAAUAAAAAUUAACAUUACUGAAGUUUUAUAACUAGUGGGCAUGGUCUAA